AGCAGUGAUUAGUACUUGAUCAUCAUGAACACAAAAAAGCAAGAAACUGGUGGGGGUGACACCAACAACAGUAAAACAUCCUCAAGGACUACUGUUAGUACUACUACAUGUACUGCUACUACUCCAUCAAGUUCUUGUUCGAGGCAGUCAUCGUCAUGGGCAGCAGGAUUUAAAAAUCCAAGAAUUGUACGCGUAUCGCGUACCUUUGGAGGGAAAGAUAGACACAGUAAAGUGUGUACUGUAAAGGGAUUAAGAGACAGGAGAAUUAGGCUUUCAGUACCAACAGCAAUUCAAUUGUAUGAUCUUCAAGAUAGGCUUGGGUUAAGCCAACCUAGCAAAGUUGUAGAUUGGUUAAUAGAUGCAACUAAAGAUGAAAUUGAUAAACUUCCACCUUUACAAAUACCACCACCAUCACUUUCUCAUUUCUUCAAUAUGAAAGAUCGUCAUUUAGAUUUUGUUGAUACAGGAUUUGGAAAAGAGAAGUGGAUUGCUACAAAUCAUCAAGAAAUUAGUAGUAAUCAUUUCUUUCAAUCUUCUAAUUUAGGCAUGUUAAACACCUUCAAUAAUAGUACUAAUAAUGCCUUGAUUAGCCAUAAUUGGGAACCUAAUUCAAAUUUAUCAUUAGGUCCAUUUGGAAAUUACCAAGAUCAAUAUCAACAACAAAAUAUGCCUUUUCCUUCAGGUUCUCAUCAACAACUAUAUUUUUUUCCAAGUAGUAGUACUACUAGUACUGCUACAACAUUGUCAUCUCUUGUCCCUCCAUAUAAUUCCCAUUUCCAUCAGAAUUCGCUCGCGCCAACUCUUCAGUUAAUCAGUGCUCCAGUGAAAUCUUCCUUCAGUUUGAAUGACAAUAACAAGGGGAUCAACUUACAACAUCAUCAUCAACACAACCAUAAAGAAGGCAGUGGUUCUUAA